AUGCCGUCGAAGAGAAAGGACAAAAGGAAAGCCAAACCCAAAGGCAAAGACGACAAGAAGGUGAUAAAAACAGAUGACUCUGUGGUGGACCGAGCCAAGGCCAAUGCGUCCCUUUGGGAGGCCAGGUUGGAAGUCACAGAACUCUCUAGGAUUGAGUAUCGUGAUACUUCUCGAAAACUGGCAAAAUAUAAUGAGGAAUUAAAGAAGCAACAGUAUAAAAUGGAGAAAGACACAAUGUCUGUGUUAAGUUACCUGAAGAAGCAAGAUCAGGAGAAAGAUAAUAUGAUCGAAAAGCUGAAACAGCAGUUGGCUGAAACAAAGGAAAAAGCCCAAGAGGAGAAGGAAAGAUUGGAACAAAAGUAUACUAUACAAAUAAAUGAGCUGGAGGGACGGUUCCAUCAAAAAUCCAAAGAAAUUGGCAUGAUUCAAACAGAGCUGAAGACAAUAAAACAAUUUCAGAAGAGAAAAAUCCAAGUGGAGAGAGAAUUAGAUGAUGUGAAAGAAAAUUUAAGGAACACAGAGAAGAAACAUCAGGAGACUCUUAGAAGACUGGAAGGCAAAUUUUUUGAAGAAAAGCAACGUCUAGAAAAAGAGGCUGAAAAGAAGAUAGUAAUGCUGGCAGAGAGAGCCCACAAUGAAGCUGUGGUACAAUUGAAUACUGCUGGAAGAAAUGUCUUUAAAGAGAAUAUUUAUCUCCAACGAGCUCUUACAUACCACAUGAAGGAAGCUGAUACCCUACAAAAAAGCUCCCAAAAGUUGCAAGAGAGUCGUACUCUCCUUUUACAUCAAAAGGAAAUCAAUGAGCUGUUGAUUAAGGAAAAGAUUAUGCAACUUACCCAGCAGAAAUCACAAAUCCAAACUCUUCAGAAGAAGGUAGUAAGCUUGGAGAAUGCUCUGAGUUAUAUGACCAAAGAGUUUGAGGCUGAAGUUUCUAAACUGCAGCAACAGGCAAUGAUAGAGAACCAAGCAGGUCAGGUAGAAAUUGACAAGCUACAGCAGCUUCUUCAAAUGAAGGACAGGGAAAUGAAUCGAGUGAAGAAACUGGCCAAGAACAUACUGGAUGAGAGAACAGAAAUGGAAAGUUUCUUUCUAGAUGCUCUACAUCAAGUGAAGCAACAGAUCAUAGUCAGCAGGAGACAUUAUAAACAGAUAGCACAAGCUGCUUUCAAUUUAAAAAUGAGAACAGCAUGUGCAGGAAGAACAGAGUAUCCCAAAAUCAGAACAUUUGAUGGCAGAGAACACAGCACCAAUAGCAUGAAUCAGGAUCUCAUAGAGGCUGAAAAAUGGACAAGUACUCAAAGAAAUGUGGAUAUUGGAGAUUUGACCUGGGAACAGAAGGAGAAAGUCUUGAGAUUGCUUUUUGCAAAAAUGAAUGGUUUUGCUUCUAGGAAUUACAGCCAGAGUUCUAGACUUCCAGUUCCAGACUAUAUUGUUUCUGACAGUGGAGAAACAAAGAAAUUUGGGGAUGAAAGUACGCUUCAAAAUCAAACCUUCAUCACCCAGCAAGUUCCCGUAUCAGACUCUGGUGAAAUGGUGCUACCUAGUAUUCCACAAGGACAAGACUCUGACAUAGUAAGGAGUCUGUAAUCUAAUCAAACAGUAGGCACAACUGUAAUCCUUUAUGCAUCUUGGCUAAUACAAAGGUCUUUUCUCUACUAGCCAGUGAGGAGCUCUCAGGGAUCAAUGGAAUGUCCACACUAAAGGCAUGUUACUCAUAAUGCAAAUGGGCAUCUGAGCCUCUUUUAGUGUUGAAAACCUUUUGAAAUAACAGCUAGCCAGAAUGUGUACUAGAUGAACCUAGGGCCUCAUACAUGCUGUAUAAACCUAAGCUAACCCCAGCCCUCUUAUCUUCUGCAUAAACAUAAACAUAGUGACCUUUUAACUCUUGGCUUUGGAUGUAGGUGGGGACUAUAAGUCCCUAUAGGGUA